GAUCAUAUAUAUCAAACAUAUCAUUAAUUAAAACCUAAUAGAGAAAGGCAAUGGCUUUCUGUUGGAAACCCCUCAAGCCACAUGAACAAUCUAGCACAUUCAAAUACACAAUAUUUAUGGCUACAAUGACAUGUGAUCAUGUACCACCUUUUCGGCUCCCAACUACAUCAACCCUACCUCUCCACCUUCUAUAAAAUCCAUCCCUAUUCAUCAAAAACUUAACCCAAUUCAAACCUCCAACACAACGUAACAAUCCUAACCCAAAACUUCCAACAUUAUAUUCUGUGAUUUCCGGUUUAAGGAUUUAUCAUGGCCCCCCACGGAGAGCCAGUCCUGCUCAGCUCCUAUUCUCGUACGACACCUAAGAACAACAACAACAACAACGUUGGUGUCGGCGGUGGCGCCGCCAAACCUCCGCGCCUCGCCAACAACAACCUGCAAAGAACGGUGUCCGACAUCUCCUUCGACCUGAGCAAGGAGGUGGCCGCGGCGUGCACCGCUGCGGCGGCGGAGGCCAAGCAGCUGCCGCCCAUCUCGGAGGUGGAGGACGCCAAGUGCGAGUGCUGCGGCAUGUCGGAGGACUGCACCCCGGAGUACAUCGACCGCGUGCGCGCCAAGUUCGCCGGCCGGUGGAUUUGCGGCCUCUGCUCCGAGGCCGUGAAGGAGGAGGAAGAGAAGAACGGCGGCAAACGAGAGGAGGCCGUCAACUCCCACAUCAACGCUUGCUCCAAGUUCAACAAGUUCGCUCGGGCUUACCCGGUUCUUUACCAGGCGGAAGCCAUGAGAGAGAUGUUGAAGAAGACCAGAGCCGAUCCCAGAGGACUCCGGGCCGCCAAAACCUUCAGCGCUAGGGAUAACAAAGGCCAACCAAACAAAGCCGGGAUAGCCAGGAGUUCCAGUUGCAUUCCGGCCAUAACCAGAGACAUGACUGAUCUUAACAUCAAUAAUUAAUCAUUAAGAAUAAUGUUUUAAUAUAAUGUAUAUAUUAAUUUAUUUUUUUAGUUUUGGGAAAUAAGACAUUAUUGUCCCUCGAGGGUUCCAGCUCCAUGCAUCCUACCUGUCUUCAAGUAUUGACUAUGAGUUUUCCUCGUUAAAAAAAAGCCAUGAUAUAAUCACCCUUUAGUAUGGGGUUUUUUGGGUAAAAACUCACUCACCCAUUAGGGUUAGUUAUGACAUUUCCAUUCAGGGUACUAAGGAAUUUUUUUUAGUCAUCCUCUUGGGACUUUGAAUAUCUGAUGAUUAAUGUAUUAUUAGACGACUAAUGAUGUA